AUGGCGGGGGUCAGCGCGGGGACGGGGGCGAUGAGCUCCCUCCUCGGCAAGCUCUCCGCCUUGCUCACCGACGAGUACAAGCUUCUCAAGGGCAUCCGCAAGGAGAUCCAGUUCCUGGAGCGCGAGCUUGGCAGGAUGCGAGCCUAUCUGCACAUACUGGCGGACAUGGACAAGCUCGACAACCUGACCAAGAAGCGGAGAGACAGCUUGCGCGACCUCAGCUAUGAGAUGGAGGACUGCAUCGACCGUUUCAUGGACCGGCUUGGCACCGGCGACGCCAGGCGAGGGUUCAUGAGGACGACCGCGCGCCGGCUCAGGACGAUUUGGGCGCGCCAUGACAUCGCGACCCUCAUCAGGGACCUCAAAGCUCGGGUCUUGCAGGAGACCGAGCUGCAUGACAGGUACAAGCUUGAUGAAGGUUAUUACAGUGCAACGAGGCCAGUUCAAAUAGAUCCCCGGAUGACCGUGCUCCACGAGGAGGUCAAGGGCUUGGUGGCCAUGGACGCCCCAGUGAAGCAUAUUUCUGCAUUGCUGAUGGAUCAGAGUAUGGAGCUGAAAGUGGUACCGAUUGUCGGGCCUGGAGGCUUGAGGAAGUCGACCCUUGCAAUGGAGGUCUAUCGCAAGAUUGGGAGGGACUUCCGUUGCCGAGCUUCCGUGUCAGUGUCACGCGCUCUUGAUCUGGAGAAGUUCCUCAAGGAUAUCUUGUCUCAAAUUGAUGAGUCUAGAGAAUGUUAG